UCGUCGCCGUCGCCGCCGAUCGCAGGGAGUCGCCAGCCUCGUAGACCGAUGGUGGCGAUCACCACGUGUCGCGGCGCCGCCGCCGCCGCCGCCGCCGCCGCCGCCACCGCGACGGCGCUCAGGGCCGUCAUACUGGGCGCCCCGGCCUCCGGCAAGGGCACCGUCUCCUCCAGGAUCGUCCAGCAGUUUGGCGUCUCGCACAUCUCCAGCGGCGACAGGCUGCGCUUCCACGUGUCCGCCGGCACUGUUCUGGGCAAGGAGGUGAGGAAGUACAUGGACAGCGGCAGCUUCGUGCCGGACGACACGAUGAUAUCCCUCAUCGGCGACGAGAUCGACUCGGUGGCGGAUCGGAAUUGGCUGCUGGACGGAUUCCCGAGGACGUUGACGCAGGCGGAGCGACUGCAGGGGCUGCACUCGAUCAACCUCGUGCUGAAUCUCGUGGUGCCGACCGCCGUCAUACUGGACCGCGUCAAGAGCCGGUGGGUCCACUUGCCCAGCGGUAGGGUCUACAACAUCGGCUUCAAUGAUCCACGAGUGCCGGGCAGGGAUGAUGUGACGGGCGAGCCGUUGUGCCAGAGGGAGGACGACAAGCCGGAAGUCGUGCAGAAGAGGCUGGAGGACUAUACAACGAAGACCGAGCCAGUCGUGCAGUUUUACCGCGAGAUUGGAGUACUGAGGGAGUUUCGAGGCAACACUACCAACGAAAUGUGGCCGGUGAUCAGGAAUUGCGUGGCACAAUACUGCUGAGCCUUAGAGAUCGAAUUUUUUUAGACGAAUCUAUUUAAAUAUGCGUCGCGCAGAUCAUUCUGAUCCUCAAAUAGGUCUAUAUCCGUUUAGACUGCUCCAAUUCUUCGUUAGAGAUCUCUCUAAACGAAAGAACUUCGGAUGCCGAAUCUGCGUCUAAUUUUUAUAUUCCACCCGCCUGAGAAUUAGAUUAGAGAUAUAGAGGAUUAUAUUGAAUAAAAUUCCGCGCGCGCCUAAAAUAUUUUAAUAUGUUUUUUUGUAUCAAAGAAUUGAAACGGCCAAGUUUAAACCUAUUUGAGAUCUGCGACUCGCGCUCAUCUCACACGAUAAACUCCAUCGCGAAUAACAGAUGGAAGCAUCGCGCUCUACUCCGACAACAAUUGUUUUCUAUCUUCGCGACAGCGAGAACACUGUACCAUGGCGCGUAUUCGCGCGGCGCUCUCUCUCUCUCUCUUACACACAUGCACAAACGCAUACUAGCGUGAAUGUCAUUAGGUUGUAAAUACGCGAUGUCAUGCCGACAAUAAUAGACUCGUAGACGUUUCCGAUACAAAACGCCUAGAUAAUACAACGAUAUUUCGCAGUAACUCGAGAGACAUUGUAUCGUUGCGAGCUACCUUUCGUUUCGCAACUGGCAGCUGCGCGACGAAGCCACUUUGCUUGUGGCCGAAGGUUCGAGGUAUAGUACAAAGCAGGAAUUAUCGUUCGAAUGGUCGACGAUACAUUCUAGAAUGAUUGUCACAUAUUUCUCAAUUUAUUUCGAGCGUAUAGCGUUACAGCUGUAAGAGAGAUAUAUAACAACGUUCAAUAUUGUGUACAUAUUCAACAGUAUAAGUACAAUAUACGCAUAUAAAUAUGCAUAUAUA